AUGAAUGACACCAUAACUUCCCUGCUCACGGAGCACUUCAGCUACACCCCACUGUCUCUCAUCGACGACAUAAUAAACUCCAUAAACAACCUCAUCUACCAAGCCAUCUCCAGCCUGGAGGAGGGUCUUUUAAAUGCCCCGCCAGAACGUCUGGGAUUCUCACACACAGCAGACUCUAUUCCUGACACAGAUGAUGAUGGCAACAUACAGUACCCCGAGGCCCGGCUGGAGAUAGAAAACGGGCUGCACCAGCUGGAGACGCUGCUUGAGGCGACAGUGGAUAAAGCGUUUGAUAAAUUUGAGAUUUACGUACUGCGCAAUAUCUUGACGGUACCCCAAGAUUUGCUGGGAUGGAUCCGCCUGUCGCAUUAUGAGAAGCUCUCUCUCACACCCAUUCCUCCCAACGCCCCAACCCUAGAAUCCAUAACCCUUCAACGCUACAAGCUACGUGAGAACCGAAAACUGCAGCGCGCACUGAAACAAGAAUCCGACCGCAAUGAAGCCAUAAUUGCACAACUCCGCUCAGUCCUGUCAAAAGGCAGCCACUCAGCUUCCACAGAAGAAAAGCAGGUAACAACCACAGCCACAGAUACAUUGACUACGACGAAAAUCCCAGAAAAACCCUCGAUUCCAACCACAGAUGCCCCCGAUCUCUCCUUCCUCGUUACCGAUCCCACCGCCCGACGCCUGCGAAUUGGUGACGCCGCAGACCCAUCACGAGCCCCCAUCACAACCAACACAACAUUCAUACUCUCCCAACUCCCCGCACUACGGAUAAUGCUUGCACAACUCCGGCCGAAAUUAUCGACGUUGCCCAAGUCUGUGGAUCAGAUGGGACUAGAUCCGAAGCGUGAGGAGAGAAUGGAGUACAUUGAGAGUCGGACGCGAUUGCAUCUGGAGCGGAAUGGGGAGCUGAGGGCUGGGAAUGAGCAUGGUGUGGUAGUUGCUGGGCGGAGGAUUGACGGGGAAGAAGCACAGGCGUUAGAAGGAGUGGUGGAGAUGUUGGAAAGCGGUUGA